AUGGCCUCCGUGAUGGACGAUAAGCCAGUCAUCGAGUCCUUCUCGGAUCACGAGAAGGAUCUCGACCCCAAUGCUUCAGGAAAGCUGGCCACUUUUGAAGACCCGGAUGCGGGACUGAGUGAGGAAGAGAGAGCGAAGAUUGAUCGCAAACUUCUCUGGAAGCUGGAUCUGCGCCUUGUGCCCUGGUUGAGUCUGCUCUACCUUGUGUCGUUCCUUGAUCGGACCAAUAUCGGCAAUGCCAAAAUCGAUGGACUUUCACAGGACCUCGAUAUGACCGCAGACCAAUAUAAUGCCACCCUGACCAUCUUCUUCGUCUCGUACUCCGUCUUUGAACCCUUGACCAACAUCCUCCUGAAACGGCUGCGGCCCAGUAUCUUCAUUCCAUGUAUCAUGCUUGCUUGGGUAUCGAUCCUUUACCCCUCUCAGCUGGUGGGUAUCUGCAUGACUUGCAUGGGCCUCGUCAAGAACUAUUCCGGCCUGAUGGCUGUACGGUGGUUCCUGGGCCUCAGCGAAGCCGGACUCUUCCCGGGUGUUGGGUACUUCCUCUCCUGCUGGUACAAGCGGUCGGAGUUCGGCGUGCGCAUGGCGAUUUUCUUCUCUGCGGCUGCCCUGGCCGGCUCCUUCGGUGGACUGCUCGCCGCUGCCAUUGCGAAGAUGGAUGGCGUGGGCGGGAAACCGGGCUGGUCGUGGAUUUUCAUCCUGGAGGGACUGGCCACGAUCGUUAUUGGCGUCGCCUCCUUCUGGUGUGUCUAUGACUUCCCUGACCAGGCGACCUUCUUAUCGCCCGAGGACCGCGCGCGUGUCCUGCGCCGCUUGGCGCUGGACCAGCAGUCGAGCGCGGAGCACGAGGAGUUUAAGAUGUCGUAUUUCUGGGCUAGUGUCAAAGACUGGAAGACCUGGACUGGGGCAAUCAUCUAUAUGGGAGCCGAUGGAUCGCUGUACGCGUUCUCGCUGUUUGUGCCUACUAUUAUCAGUGAACUUGUGAGUGCGCCUGCAGGCCUCGCUAAUGCAAGUGAAGGGAACGCGAAGCUAAUCUUUCCAUACACAGGUUCUAUCAAAGCCCAGCUGCUCAGUGUGCCGCCCUAUGCUGCGGCCGCCGUUUUGACAAUCUCGAUUGGCUUCAUUGCCGACCGCACCCGACAGCGUGGUAUCUGCAAUAUCGCCGUGUCCAUCCUCGGGAUGGUCGGGUUCGCCAUGCUUCUGGGGUGUGAAUCCCCCGGUGCUCGCUACGCGGGAACUUUCCUGGGGGCUAUGGGCAUCUAUCCGGCCAUCGCGAACACCAUCUCCUGGUCUAGCAACAAUAUUGAAGGGGUCUACAAACGCGGGGUCUCCCUCGGCUUCAUUAUUGGCUGGGGUAAUCUCAACGGUAUCGUCUCCUCCAACAUCUACCGUGAAAAGGACAAGCCCCGUUUCUACCCGGGCCACGGCGUCGUGCUUGGCUACCUGGUGCUGUUCCUUUUUGGCGGUUCAAUCUUGCAGUAUGUCCUCCUGCGUCGGGAGAACGCCAAGCGUCGGCGCGGCGAGCGCGACCACUGGGUUGAGGGCCUCGGCCAGAGUGAGGUCGAGCUCUUGGGUGAUAAGCGGCCGGAUUUCUUGUAUACCAUGUGA